AUGAGGUGUCAACAGUGGUGGCGCAAUGGUAGUAGCAGAGGCUGUGCUAUUCCAUUCAGUCCCAUCAGUGACGAAGGUGAGACCAAAGGUGACGGUAGUAAAGGUGGAGGUGGAGGGGGUGGGGAUGGUGGUGGAGGUGGGGGUGGAUUUGGUGGUGCUAGAAAUUAUGGAGGUGGACAUGGAGGUGGUGGUUAUGGAGGGGGCGGGCGGCACGGAGGUGGAGAUGGUGAUGACGAAGGUGAUAACGGAAGCGGAGCUGAAGGAUGUGGAGGUGGAAGUGGAGGCGGAGAUGGGGUUGGUAGAGUUUAG